UCACGCCCUUUGAACUCGAUCAAUUCACUGAACGCGUAUUGUUGAGGUUUUGCUGUCAGAUUGGCGAGAUUUGGAACCUAAGACAUUGAGAAAAAGUCUGUUUUUGGAAAAUCUACCUAGUAAUUCUUUGAUCCAUCAGUGGAAUUCAAAAGAAUCAUGUCCGCUGAUUUUCUUACUGCUCCCAUACCUUCAAGGGUUUCUAUCAUGAAGAAGCCGAAGACAGAGAAAGAGGAUCACGUGUCCAAGCAGCCUGUAUUGAAGGACUUCAGUACGUUCUGCACUUGGGUACUAGACUAUGAAGCAUCUCUGCACAAUGGAGACAUACCCUAUGUCCCUAAAACUCCUGAGCGUGUGAAGAAGAGAAGCAUCAGUCCACUCGACAGUGAGGGGAACAGCGUUGGUAGCGGAGCCGAUUCAGACCUCAGCCCCAGGGAAAGGUACUCCAAGAAGGGCAGAAUGAGCAGUGCACGCGAAAAAGACGAAGACUGGAACCUCAUCACGUGUUUCUGCAACAAGCCGUUUGCCGGCCGUCCCAUGAUUGAAUGCAAUGAGUGCGAGACGUGGGUCCACCUCUCAUGCGCCAAGAUCCGCAAGACCAACGUGCCAGAGAUCUUCAUCUGUACACACUGUAGAGACACUCGAAGCAGUAUCCGCAAGUCAAACAGGCAACGGGAGCCAAAGAAACAAUUCUCAGAACUCUAUGGGCCUGGUGAAAGUUAGCAGGUGGAUAGCUUCACCGACUUUUUUUAUGAAAGGAACAAUUUUCAGAACCUUGUGGCAUUGUCAUCAGAGAUGGUGUUGUUAAGAGGUGGACAGGUGACCCCAGGUUUGUGGACAAACCGCAUUCUGCAGAACAGCUUCCAGAACUUUGUGGUCCUGGUGAAGGCUAGCAGGGGGACAUCUCCACCAUCUUUAUCUUUUAUAGGAACUAUUUUCAGAACGUAAGAGAUGGGCAAGUAACCCGAGGUGUUUGAAAAGAAACAUCAUUCUGCAGAGCACGGGCCACAGCUAGCUGAUUGAUCACUACAUUAUCAUGGGUCUAGGAAGAAAUGUCCAAAGCCAUGUCCCAGGAAAAGUGAGCAGGUCAAAGGCUGUUAGAGGUCAGAAGAACAACGUCAUGACUGCGCCAUUAUAACAAGUGAUGUGUUAUCAAGAGUGUACAGAAGAAAUGUCCAACGCCCUGAUCCAGGGAGACAUUUUUUUAGAUGGUACAACAAAUGAAACGCCAGUAAGCGGGGUUACUUUUAUCGGCUUUUGACCUGAUAGAUAUGUGUCAUUAUGAGGAAGGAGGACAAGUUUAUCUUUUUGUUUCAUAACUUGUUUAAUUUUAAUUUUUAAGGGAGGCAAAUUAUCACUGAAAAUGUAUCCUCUUUUCACAUCGUCAUUUAACAGGAAGCUUCUAAGGUGCUCUAUAUCAUGCUCAAAAUUCUUUUUUGUGCAACUUUCACUCAUUUUUAAUCUAUUGAACAAACACAUACAUGUACAUGUACAAGAUAAUGUAACUACAUGUACAUGUAGGUGAAAUACAGCUGCAUUUGUACAAAUGUAAAUGUCUAUCUACCAAUACAUACAUAAUAAAUAAUAAUAAUAGUAACAUGUACAUUUAUAUAGCUCAAGCACUGUACUAUUAUUACCUCAGCAUUUCAGAAACUUCUUCCUACCGGGUACAUAUUUACAUGUACAUCACCUGGCUGGGAGUUGAACCUCAUACCUUGAGAUCCAUAGUUAGGUGACCUAUCAAGUAGACCACAGCACCUCUACAACCAUCUAUUCCAUUCCCCAACUAUAUCAUUGGCUCAUUGGUAUAGCAGUGGACUCGUAACCGGGAGGUCCCGGGUUCCAAACCAAGUCAUUGCCAUAGUUUCCUUUGGUAAGGCAUGAAUCUUCGUUACCAAGUCCCUUUGGGGAGGACUUUAGGCCAUUGAUUCCCUGGUUGUUUUCUUACAAGCAUACACAUGCUUUCUAAGCAGUCCGGUAUUCAAACAAACUAACUAAUAUUGUCUUGAACUCCAUCA